AUGCUUGCGGUGUCGCUAGGUCGGAAUUUGGGUGCGUUGGUGAAGCUGCAGGCGGCGCUCCAUGGCCGGACGCUCUUCGGUAGCCGUUUGUUCUUGGACCACAAGUUCCAUGCCGAGUUGGUGCAACCAUUGCAGCAGGAGGCGUUGUGUGACACAAUGGACUCGUUGUGCAACAACGUGCGCUAUCCCUACGAGUGUCUUACCAACUCGCCGACCUGGGGACCUCGCGGCCUCUCCGACGCCAAAAGUCCCGUGAACUGGCUCACCAGCGACGACUGCGCCGGCUCUGGCGGAAUUACGGGAGCCGGCGGAAUUGCGGGAGUCGCCGAGGCAAGACUCACCGAAGCAGGUGUUGCCAAUGCUGGCGGCAUCCCGGCUACCGAGUAUGUGUCCUUCGGCGGAGAGCGUGUCCUCCGCAACUGGAAACAGCUCGGUGGCCAAGAGACGAAGGCCAUGGGCGUGAACCUCGUCUUCGGAAGCCGAGGCUUCCCCCACCGCAGCAUCGGGCUCUUCACAUUCUUCGAUGGACUUGCCACACCCGGCGCCGUGCGGGCAGAUGCAGGCCUCGGCGUCGGAGUGCAACUCCUACCUAACGUCACUGUGGAAGCCGCAAUCGGGACCAACCUCACGCCCACCCAACCCGGUGAUGAAAUCAAACUCUGGGACAUAAGGGCCCGAAUGCACUAG